GGUGCGAGGGCCCGGGCCCUCCCGUUGACCAGGACAGCUGAACAAGCCGAGGCGGGGGGACGGGGCGCGGGAAGAUGGCGACGCCCGGGGCGGCGCCGACGACGACUUCUUCCUCUUCCUCGAGGAGGUCGGAGAUUCGGCGGGGAGGAGGUGUGAGGCGACGCUGCCAGUGGCUGCUGUACUGGGUGCCGGUCCUGUUCAUCUGCAGCAUCCUCUGCUGGUCCUACUACGCCUACGUCGCCCAGCUGUGUCUGCUAACCAUGACAAAUGUUGGAGAACAAGUGAUGUGCCUGAUUGCUUAUCAUCUAUUUUUCACAAUGUUUGUGUGGUCUUACUGGAAAACAAUCUUUACGUUACCAAUGCAUCCUUCCAAAGAAUUCCACCUGACCUAUGCAGACAAAGAAUUGUUGGAGAGAGAACCUAGAGGUGAAACCCAUCAAGACGUGUUGAAGAGAGCAGCCAAGGACCUCCCCAUCUAUACAAGAACAUUGUCUGGAGAUAUGAACGAUGGUGCAGUGAGCAUUUUAUCCAGUCAAGCAAGGCCUUUGUAUUUCUGUGUAAAUACCAUGAAUCAUGACACAGAUAAUAAUAAUUCGGUUUUGCCUUAUAGUAACUUGUCAUUUGUCUUUUUAAGAUGUAUUUUGAAAAUGGACCAUCAUUGCCCUUGGGUGAACAACUGCGUUGGAUUCUCCAAUUACAAGUUUUUCCUCCUUUUCUUGGCGUAUUCUCUGUUAUACUGCCUUUUCAUUGCUGCAACUGAUUUACAGUAUUUUAUUAAAUUCUGGACAAAUGGCCUUUCAGAUACUCAAGCCAAGUUCCAUAUCAUGUUUUUAUUCUUUGCCGCAGCCAUGUUCUCUAUCAGCUUAUCCUCUCUUUUUGGAUAUCACUGUUGGCUAGUCAGCAAAAAUAAAUCAACACUAGAGGCGUUCAGAGCACCUAUUUUCCGGCAUGGAACAGAUAAGAAUGGAUUUAGCUUGGGCUUCAGCAAAAAUCUAAGACAAGUCUUUGGAGAUGAGAAAAAAUAUUGGUUGUUGCCAGUUUUUUCUAGCCUAGGGGAUGGCUGCUCCUUUCCUACAUGCCUUGUUACUCAAGAUCUUGAACAAGCUUCCACUCCUUCUGGACACUCUUCUUCAAACAAAAAUGAGAAUCACCAUUUUCCUGCAAAGCCGUUACGAGAUUCUCAAAGCCACCUUCUUACAGACCCUCAGUCUUGGACAGAAACGAAUGCAAGUAUUGAAAAGAACAAACUUGGUAUGAGCAAUCCUGCACUAACUAUGGAAAAUGAAACCUAGCACAUGCAAGU